UAUUUUGAGACCCAAACAACUCAAACUGCGUAGGAAGGUCGUCUUGUCGUUGUUGGGCCGUUUUCUUGGGCCCCUCGGGGGCUCCACGGCUUCACCGUAUAUUUUUUGACGUAGCAGGAAGAACUAAGAAGCCAAAGUGCCUGUCUCCGAGGUUUCGAGCUUCCUUGCGGGGAAGCUCGGGCCUGUUUUGUGGGCCCAGCCGGGGAUGGGGAAGGAGAGGCUGAUGGGCGUGAAGAACUUGGUGGAACGGGCUGUACAGCUGGCCCGUGGAGUUGCGCAGGGUUCUCGGCAGACCCUACACACCAUCCGCCACCGGGUGGAGCAGCGGGCGGGGCUACACCAGGCACCAGCCAGACACUCCCAGGCUAUCACUGUCUCUACAGCACAGCAACAAGCUUCAUCACUCUUUACUAGAGUGCUGCUGCCCAAACAGAUCAACAGCCUUGCUGCCACCCUGCGUAGAAGCGCCGCCUUGAGACUCCUGGCAUAUCGCAGCCCAGCUCAUAACCAGAUCCCCAUCUUUGCCUUUGUGGGCCUGGCCUAUGCCAGUGCCGUGUCAGGCAGUGAGACAGAAACUGAAGAACACUGUGAUUCUCUCUGCAAGGACAUCAGGGCGAUCUUCCAUUCUUUCACCCCCAAACUGAGAGGCUCUCCGUCACUACUGAAGACUGGUAAACAGUACAAGCUGGAGGACUUUAAACUAGGAGACUGUGUGGGACAGGGCUGUAAUGCUGUAGUGUAUGAGGCCAGUCUGAAGGAAGAUGGAAAGGGAAAUGUGGAAGAAACAGAAGAGCAAGAACAGCAUGGAGUCAGUCAGACCAUCCUGAGGGAGAUGAGACGGGAGGUGGUACCUGCCAGACAUGUCACUGUCAACGGGCGUGUCAUGGGCAGGGACUGGGAGAACGGGAACCGUGUGAAGAAGAAGAAGCGACUGCCGCCCCAUCCCAACAUCAUCGAGAUGCUGACAGUGUUUACAGACACGGUCCCCCUGCUGCCUGACGCCAUGCAGAACUACCCCGCAGCCCUACCCCCCAGGUUCAACCCCGAGGGAUUCGGCAGGAACAUGACACUGUUCAUUGUUAUGAAACGGUACCCAGUGACACUGAAGGAAUACCUGGAAACCAACACACCGAGUUCCAGGGUUGCCAUGGCGAUGGUUGCCCAGCUACUGGAGGGCGUGUCCCACCUGGUGGAUCAUGGGAUUGCACACCGUGACCUGAAGAAUGACAACAUCCUUGUUGAGCUCCAUGGAGACGGCUGUCCCAGACUGAUCCUGACAGACUUCGGCUGCUGCCUGUAUGACAAUAACAACAGUCUGCAGGUGCCCUUCCCCCACCCUGAACUGGACACACGGGACGGCAACUCUGCACUUAUGGCUCCAGAGGUGGCAACCGCUACCCCGGGGCCAGGAAGCUGUGUUGACUACACAAAAUCAGACGUGUUUGCAGUUGGGGCACUGGCCUACGAAAUCCUGGGCAUGCACAACCCUUUCUACAGUAGUGAAGCUGGCACCAGAUUGAACACCUGCACAUUCAGGGAAGCUGACCUGCCCCCACUGCCCGGCACUGUGGAUGAGAAAUUUUGCAACAUCAUAAAACUGCUACUGAAGAGAGACCCAAGACAGAGACCCAGUGCCAGAGUGGCUGCUAACAUGGUCCAUCUUCUACUGUGGGAUGGUGGUCACCUGACCAGUUCCAAAGAUCUGAUUGGUUGGCUUAUGCAGCUGUCAGCAGUAACAUUGCUAGAAAAGGUUAAAGGUCACAAAGCGAGAGGUCAAAAGUCAGAUGAAGUUGAACAUCUGCUGAGAAGAGAGUUUUUGUGUAAUGUGACAGUGGAGGAACUGAUGGAAGCUUUCUAUUUGUUCAGAUUUUGUUGAGCUUUUCGUUACGAUGUUAAAAACUAUAUUCUUCAUUUUCUCUU